CGAGAAGGUGAACUCAUCGUAGGACCUUCAUUCACGCACGCACGCCAUGGGUCCCGUGAACAGCGUUUGUUGCUGUCAUGCGGAUCCCACCAGUGUGGUGGAGCAGCUCCGGAGUGGCCGGGUCUUGGAGCAACAGUCGGCGGCGGCCUGCUUAGCCAGCAUGGCCAGGACCAAGACGCAAAAGCAAGCCGGCUGGAUGCCCAGUGCAGUGCCGUUGCUGGUACAGGCCGUCACAGUGGGUCAAACCGCUGAGCUCCGAGAGAAUGCAGCGCGGGCUUUGGCCAACCUGCCGAUGUGCGAUGCCGCGAACACGGCGCACAUCAUCAACGCGGGCGGCGUUGCUUCUCUGGUGAAGCUCUUGGGGAAUGACUAUCCCUAUGGCUGUCGGGCGCAGGCCUGCCGAGCUCUGGGGAACAUGUGCGUCUCGAGCCAGGCGGCGGCCAAGGAGGUGCGCCAGGCCGGUGCGGUGCAGCCGCUCUUGGCGGCGCUCUUCACCGAGGAGCAGCCGGCCUCGGGAGGGCCGAACCUGCAGGCGGAGGCAGCUUUGGCUGUCGCCAACUUCUCUUCGGUGGACGUCCAAUGCCGUGAUUUGGUCCUGCAGAGCGCCGUGGCGAUUCCGGGCUUGCAGCAUUUGGCCAUGAGCCAGGAGCAUAGCAUCCGGGUCGCCGCCCGACGAGCUUUGUCUUGCCUGGCGCAAGGGAGUGCAAGGGCCCGGCAGGCGCUGCAGGCGGUCGAGCUUUCGGGACCGGAAGGCCCGCACGCGGCGCAAGAAUUGGAUUCGAUCCAAUACUUCGACUUCACCCAGGGCACCCCGGGCGAGGUGUCCCGGCGACAGGCGGCAGGCUAACACGGCCGCGUGCUACGACUUGGUCAGCUCGAAAGGUAGCUGACCAGAUCGAUGGAUAGCUUGGGGACGGGUUGAAGGGGGGG